AUAUACCAUAAAUUACUCUAAUGGUGGACGUUUCUCAUGAAAUUAUCAUAAUUCUGCAAAAUCGAGCGUUGUCUUCAAUACCGCCCCAAGAUGGCAGCCUCGUGUCGUCAUUCAUGCUUUAGCUGCCGUAAAACAACUACCGGAGACGGAAAUGCGGAAGUUAGACGACGCGAAGGGGGCAAAAGCGAAAGUUAGCAACGCUUCUUCCGUGUGUUUGGUGUGUAGUGCUGAAAAACAACAUCAAAAAUGUUGAAGGAGUUGAUAAGGGAGAGACUAAUGGCGGCAGCUGAUGAAAUAUUCGCGCUGUUUGAACGAACGAUAGCGUCGUACGAGGAGGAACUUUCUCGAACAAGAGACGAAAAGGCGCGACGUCGGCAACAAAUUGUGCCACAAACCGAAGACAACAAGCAGCCCCGUCAUGUUAAAGAGGAAGAGGAGGACCUCUGGACCACUCAGGAGCGGGAUUGUCUUCUCGGGCCGGUGGAUGAUAAUCUCACCAAGCUGCCACUGACUGUUGUCUCUGUGAAGACUGAAGAAGACGAAGACAACCGCUACGCUCCACUAGCCGACAGAGACGACGAACCGUACUCGCUCGAGGACGACACCCAGGAACAUUUGAGCAGCGACACAGACUGCGAAUUGGACAACAAACACUCGGAAUACUCUGAAAACAAGACACCUCGAGAAUGUUUUAGCUGCUCGUUUUGUGCGAAAAGCUUUUCUGAUAAGACUGCCGUGACGCGACACAUGAGAACACACACGGGGGAAAAGCCCUUCAGUUGUUCGAUUUGCGCAAAGAGAUUCUCUCGAAAGUUUCACAUGCUGUCACACAUGCGAACGCACACGGGGGAAAAACCCUUCAGAUGCUCAACUUGCGGCAAAGGAUUCAAUCAUAAGGGCAAUAUGGAAUCACACAUGAGAAUACACACGGGUGAGAAACCCUUCAGCUGCUCAAUAUGUGACGAGACGUUCAUAAGGAAGGUCUCGCUGAUUGUGCACCAGAGGACGCACACGGGAGAAAAACCCUUCAGUUGCUCGGUUUGCGGCAAAAGAUUCUCUCACAAGUCGUAUAUGGUGAAGCACAUGAGAACACACACCGGAGAGAAACCUUUCAUUUGCUCAAUUUGUGGCAAAGGCUUGGCUGUCAAGGCGUCUCUGAUUAGACACCAAAGAACGCACAUCGGAGAAAAAACGCUUUAGUUGUUCAGUUUGUUUGUUUCCUCUCAUGUGCGCUACAUAAUUUGUGCUAAAACAUUUGUGCGGCACCGCACUUUGACAGAGAAGAAUGGAACAUUUGAAAAUCAUUCAUCUGGACUUUAAUCACUUAUUUUUAUUAUUUAAAAACAACAUAUACAGAGAAUAAAAUCUAUUCUAACAAAAUAUUGUUUCAUAACUCACCUCUUUCUCCGAGUGUGGCGUGUUUCCUAGUAAAGUUUUUUACUAUCCAGGAAGUAGUAGAACCCAUAGGUAUCAGUUUGUAAGAAUGGCGGGGUUCACUAGACCAGGGGUGUCCAAAGUACAGCCCCAGGGCCAUUUGCGGCUUCCUUAUGUAUAUGGGUGUUGCUUGGGCUUUGCCGUUUGUCGAAGAUCUUACCGUGUUAGCACCGAGCAAUGGCUCCCGGGGAAUAUAUGUUCAGGUUCUAAACCACUUCCACACUUAGCU